AAAGUUCAGAAUCAGCCCAUUUCUGAGAACAAUAAAAGGAAACUAAAUUCCUCUCUUCUCUGCAGAAGCAGCCAUGGCUGCUGCGAAUCCAGCGCAACUGCUCCUAGGUGAAGUGACUUGUUCGGUGUGUCUAGAUUAUUUUAAAGAUCCAGUGUCUCUAGAUUGUGGGCACCAUUUCUGCCAGGCCUGCAUCACUCGGUGCUGAGAGGCAUUGAGUACAAACUUCCCCUGUCCUGAGUGCAGAGAAACCUUCUCCCAGAGAAACUUCAAACCAAACAGACAGCUAAGGAAUAUUGUAGAAGCUUCCAGAAUGCUUAAACUGGAGCAAACAAAAGAACCAGAAGUUGGGACAGUGUGUGAAAAACACAAGGAGGAUUUAAAAGUCUUCUGCCAAGAGGAUCAAACACCCAUUUGUUUGGCUUGCCACCUGUCCCGAGAUCACAGAGAACACACUGUGGUUCCCAUAGAGGAAGCUGCCGAGGAUUACAAGGACCAGAUCCGGAGCCGUUUGGUGAUUUUGAAGAAAGCGAGAGACGCGAUUCUGUCAUUUAAAUUGAGUGGGGAAAAUAAAAGCCAUGAACUGCUGAAACAGCUAGAAACUGAGAAGCAGAAGACUGUGUCUGAAUUUCAGCAACUGCGCCAGUUUUUGGAGGAACAAGAGCGACUCCUGCUGGCCCAGUUGGAAGAGCUGAAUAAGGAAAUUGAAAAGUCAGGGGCUGAGUAUGUUGCCAAAUUAUCUGAGGAAAUAUCUUCUUUCAGUUCCCUGAUCAGUGAGAUGGAGCAGAAGUGCCAGCAGCCAGCGAGUGAAUUCCUGCAGGACAUCAAAGGCACCUUGAGCAGAUGUGAGAGGGAGACGUUUCAGAACCCAGUGGCCUUUUCUUCUGAACUGAAAUGGAGAAUCUGGGAAUCUUCUCAAAGAAAUGCAUCUCUGGAGACCAUAAUGAAGAAAUUCAAAGACUCUCUGUCGUCUACACAGCGGUUGGACAAAGCGAACGUGACUCUGGAUCCAAAGACGGCCUAUCCUGAAUUCAUUGUGUCUGAGGAUCGGAGAAGUGUGAGAUGGGGACGCACACGGCAGACUCUGCCCGACAACCCGGAGAGAUUUGACACUGAGCCCUGUGUGCUGGGCUGUGAGGGAUUCACCUCGGGCCGACAUUACUGGGAGGUGGAGGUGGAGGUGGAGGUGGAGGGGUGGGGAUUCUGUGUUGUGGGGGUGGCCAGAGCGUCUGUGAGCAGGAAGGGAGAGAUCAGCCUUAACCCUGAGCAGGGGAUCUGGGCUGUGCAGUGCUCGGGGGAUCAGUGCUGGGCUCAAACAUCCCCUGAGCAGCGCAUCCCCUUCCCCCCAGGCCGGGCACCCUGCAGGAUCCGGGUUCAUCUGGACUAUGAACGGGGGCAGGUGGCGUUUUUCGAUGCUGGUACCGGGGACCAGAUCGUCACUUUCCCGCCAGCCUCUUUCGCCGGGGAGAGAAUCUGCCCGUUCUUCUGUGUUGAUGCUGUUACUGUCCGGCUCCUCUAGCCCCCACCCGCUGAUCUCUAGGACCUGGAGGACUCAGCCAGCCCAGUCAGACAGGGCUGCAGGGGGUGGGGGUGAUGCUCUACCCGUAGCUCUGGCUGUGGAGGUCUGUGUGAGGCUCCAGGCUGGUCUCUGUGCUCCUGGGAGGCCAACGCUGUGAGGAGUUGGGGGGUCCCACCAAGGAACGAGGGAGCCCCCCCGUGGGAGGGACCCAGCCGAGGGCCAGGGAGAGACCCCUCAACUGGGGGGGGGCAGGGAGAGGCCUGG